CGAAAAUGUUGCAUCAGGGAAUUAUUCUGCGUGAGGGACAUGUCACCAGGACAAUAUACAAUCUGAUCAAAGACAAACGCUACGAGGAUGUGAUCGAGUGCAUAACCAAUUUCGGUGAGGCGGCCAACACGAGGGCGGGGCUUUCCACCCUGGGCCAUUGCUACUACCACGCCCAGAAAUACGAGGAGGCGGCCACCUGCUACGAGCAGCUCUGCCAACUGGCGCCCAAGGAAGCCAAGUACAGAUUCUACUACGCCCAGUCUCUGUAUCAGGCUGGCAUCUUUGCCGAGGCUCUGCGGGUGCUCAAGCAAAUUGGAGAUCAGGAGGAUGUGCUCCGGGAGCACUGUCUCCAGCUGCAGAGUGCGAUCCUCUACUCCAGCGAGGACUUUGCGGGGGCGCAGAGCCUACUAAAUCAGCGGGCAGGAGGCACUGCGGAUACCCUCAAUGACGAGGGAUGUCUACUGUUCCAGGCGGAUCAGCACGAGGCAGCGGUGCAGCGAUUCCAGGCGGCCCUUCAGGUGGGCGGCUUCAAUCCACUGGUGGCCUACAAUGUGGCCCUGGCCCAUUUCCAGAGGAAACAGCGGGCUCAAGCUCUGGACUAUACCUCCGAGAUUGUGGAGAGAGGGAUGCGAAACCAUCCCGAACUGGGCAUUGGCGCCCAAGUGGACAUUCCGGAUGGCGGUGCCAGGAGCGUGGGCAACCCCAUCACCAUGGCCAUCUCGGGCAUUACCCAAGCACUUAACCUAAAGGCAGCCCUGGAGUUUCAGGACGGCAAUGAGGAGGCAGCCAGGGACGCGCUCCUGGACCUUCCACCUCGAGCGGAGAGCGAACUGGAUCCGGUCACGUUGCACAACAUGGCUUUAACCGAUGUCCAGGGCCCGGUGGCUGGUCUCAGGAAGCUGGCCUUUCUCCUGGAGCUGGGUGCUCCCUCCUGCCCCAAGGAAACCUUCGCCAACAUUCUGCUGAUCUGCUGCAAGCACGAGCUAUACGAAACGGCUGCCGAUAUCCUGGCGGAGCACACGGACCUCACCUACAAGUAUCUGUCGCAGUAUCUCUACGAGCUUCUGGAUGCCCUGAUAACCGCACAAACCAGUGCCGAGUUGGCCGAGAAGAAGCUGGGCACUCUGGCCUCCAGUCUGGCCGGUAAGUUGCGCAGCCUGGCCGCCAAGGUGCAGGAAGUGAGGGCCACCAAUGAGCAGCAGGCACUCAGGGAUGCGCUUAAGGACUACGAACAGGCACUGGAACUUUAUCUGCCUGUGGUGAUGGCUCGAGCCUGGAUUUCCUGGCGCGAUGAUGACUUUGUGGGUGCCGAGAGGGAAUUCCAUUCGAGUGCGGAGUUCUGUUCGGAGAACUCCAUUUGGCGAUUGAAUGCAGGACAUGUGCUCUUCAUGCAGGGCGACAAAUACAACGAGGCGGCUGCCUUUUACGAACCCAUCGUGCGGCAGCACUCUGAUGAUAUCAUGUCCGUUUCGGCAGCGGUGCUGGCCAACCUGUGUGUUUCCUACAUCAUGACAUUCCAGAACGAGGAGGCCGAGGAGCUGAUGCGCAAGGUGGAGAAGGCGGAGGAGCUGAAGGGCAACCUGGGCAAGCAGUACCACCACCUGUGCAUUGUCAAUCUGGUGGUGGGCACUCUGUACUGUGCCAAGUCCAACUACGAGUUCGGUCUCUCCCGCAUCGCCCACGCCCUGGAGGGGGGGUCGGGGAACAGGCUGUAUGCCGACACCUGGCUGCACGUGAAGCGCUGUAUCCUGGGCCUCCUCACCGGCAUGGCCAAGCAGAACAUCAUCCUGACAUAUGCCACCGUGCAGGAGGUCCUCAACUUUCUGCGAUUUUGCGAAGCCUACGGGCUCUUCACCCCGGCCAACAUCUUUGCAGCCACCGAACAGGUGCCGGAGGAGCCCCUGACCAUCGGACUGGAGGCCAGGAAGUUGCGACUGCUGAUGAUUAGGCUGAGCGAAUAUGAUAGUUUGUAGA